GACGUAGUUCUCGGGGGGGGGAGCUGGAUGGCGGUGGGGGGAACGGACCGGUCUCCGCUGCAGCCAUGGACUUCGCCGCCGCGGUCACCGUCCGGCCGGGCAGAGCCGAGGAUUGCGCGGACGUGGGGCGCAUGAUCCGGGAAUUGGCAGCCUUUGAAAAACUCUCCGAGCAGGUCAAGAUCACGGAUGAAGGGCUGUGCGAAGAUGGCUUCGGUCAAGACCCCUUCUACAAAUGUGUGGUGGCUGAGCUGCCCCCUGAAUGCCGGAGCAAAGAGGGCCACACCGUCAUAGGUUACGGCCUCUAUUAUUUUACCUACAGCACCUGGAAAGGCAGGAACAUCUACACGGAAGAUCUGUACGUGAUGCCAGAAUUUCGGGGGAAAGGAGUCGGAAGGAAGCUCUUGAGGGAGAUCGCGAAGAUUGCCUUGGAGAAAGGCUGCACCCAAAUGAGGCUGGGGGUGCUGGACUGGAACCGCCCGGCCAUCGAUUUCUACUUCCGGCGAGGGGCGGUGGACUUGACGGCUGCCGAGGGCUGGCACUCCUUCCGGUUCGGAGCAGAGGCCCUGAAGCAGCUGGCCCUGGGCGAGGCGGGCACAGGAGCCGGGCCGGGGUCUUUGAGGCCGUAGGGGGCCAAGCUCUGCAGGACGUGGGUUUCCUCCAGCCCCUAAGAAUCUGUGCAGGCUGACUCGGGAUGUAAUAAACCGGCAAUAAAACGGGAAUUAAAGUCUGCAUUUCUAAUAAA